ACGUCAUUCAGGGCGCCCGAAGGCCCGGUCGCUCGGUUGUGGGCUGUUCGCGGUGCCGCCGGUUCCGCCUCGUCCUGCCGUCCGCGGCUUCCCGGGCCGGCGCGCACCAUGCCCGCGGUGCUGGGGUUCGAAGGCAGCGCCAACAAGAUCGGCGUGGGCGUGGUGCGGGACGGCACGGUGCUGGCGAACCCGCGGCGCACCUACGUCACGGCCCCGGGCACCGGGUUCCUUCCAGGUGACACGGCCCGGCACCAUCGAGCUGUCAUCCUAGACCUCCUGCAAGAGGCCCUGACAGAGGCUGGGUUAACCUCCCAGGACAUUGACUGCAUCGCCUACACCAAAGGUCCUGGAAUGGGAGCCCCGCUGGCCUCUGUAGCUGUGGUCGCUCGCACUGUGGCGCAGCUGUGGAAUAAGCCUUUGGUGGCUGUGAACCACUGCAUAGGUCACAUUGAAAUGGGCCGCCUCAUCACCGGAGCCGUAAGCCCGACUGUUCUGUAUGUCAGCGGAGGAAAUACUCAGGUGAUAUCCUACUCAGAACAUCGCUACCGCAUCUUUGGGGAAACUAUUGAUAUUGCUGUGGGAAAUUGUCUGGAUCGUUUUGCUAGAGUGCUGAAGAUUUCCAAUGACCCAAGUCCCGGCUACAACAUUGAGCAGAUGGCAAAGAGAGGCGAGAAGCUAGUUGAGCUGCCAUACACAGUAAAGGGGAUGGAUGUCUCGUUCUCAGGGAUUCUGUCCUUCAUCGAGGAUGCAGCGCAGAGAAUGCUGGCCACAGGGGAGUGCACCCCUGAGGACCUGUGCUUCUCUUUACAGGAAACCGUGUUUGCAAUGCUAGUGGAGAUCACAGAGCGGGCCAUGGCACACUGUGGCUCCAAGGAAGCCCUCAUCGUAGGAGGAGUUGGAUGUAACACGAGGCUGCAGGAGAUGAUGGCAGCCAUGUGCCAGGAGCGGGGAGCCCAGCUCUUUGCCACAGAUGAGAGAUUCUGCAUUGACAAUGGGGCCAUGAUAGCCCAGGCAGGUUGGGAGAUGUUUCAAGCCGGACACAGGACCCCUCUCAGAGAGUCUGGGAUUACACAGAGGUACAGGACAGACGAGGUAGAGGUGACGUGGAGGGACUAGCGACGUUUACACAGCAGAACAGCUUGCCGCGUGGGCGCUGCUGUGGGGGUGUCCUGGUGAUAUUAUGGACUCUUCUCUGGCAAGUGUGUGGACCCCACACAAGACUUAGGGUUCCUAUGGAACCCCAACAUGACUCUGAAAUAAAGAAAUUGUUUUUACACGUUGA